GCAAUUUGAAAGGAUAAAGAAACUGUACUGGCGUACAAUGCAGUCGCCGCAGAAGCUGACCGAUCGAAGCGCAGGUCAAGCCGCAGUGCUGAGUUCGGCCGCAGCGUCUCCUUAUGUCUCGCUCUCCACGCAGUGUGAUCUCCUCUACCAUAUUGGCAGUCAACCGCACAGCCAUGCGUUUCUCUCCGAGCAAAGCGUAUACACCCGUGGCGCGGAGCAGCUGCGGUUUCACACGCCGUCCCCGUUGCAGCAACCAACAGUACAGAUUCCGGCACACAACUUUCCUGACGAGUCGUCCGUCAUGAUCAACGCGGACGGCGGUCAGGACGCGGCACCGCACCUGUCUACGGUUGCCCCUCCUUUCCCACCCUUUCCCUCGAUUCGCUGGUUUGAGGAAGCCGGAAAAGCAGAAGAGGAACGGCAACAGCUGCAGCUGCUGCAACGGAGUCAGGCGUCGUUAUCGUUGUGGCCCGUGUCCUCCACAGCACCUUCUUCCUCGUCGGUACAGACUCGGUUUUCAAGACAACUGGUGCCGAGUGGCACCGGCUUGGCAACGUCCACGUUUCAGUCCGAUUACCCGGUGAACAAGUCCUCUGCAAAGCACCGCCACAGCGGCGAAAGCGUAGCGGACGGCCCGGUCGUGCAGGAGCCGCGCGCUGCGGUUGACGCAACUGUGCGAGAAGGCAAAACCACCACUCCACCUCUACCCCAGGCUUCAAAGCCGUCGUUGAUAUCCUUCUUUCCCUCCGCUGUGGUGAUGCGGGCGGUGGCGCAGAUGGUGCUCACGAUGCAGGCCGCCCGGCAGCAAUCCGCCGCCCAAUUUGCGCUGGCGCACUACCGAGGGGAGCCGCUGCCUGCGUGGGUGCGCGCAGUGCAUCGAAAUCCAUCCUUGCUCACAAGAGUCGAGAGUGCGGUUUUACGAGAUGCGCUGGUCUUUUCUGUUCUGCCGCAGGUGGUGGCAGAUAGACUUGCCGGUUCGAAGCACCCGUCGCCACUGCAGGAAGCUCAGGUGCUUGACUUCCCUCUUGCGGAGGAGGCGGCGGUGCUCUACAACGUUACACCACACUGCAGCUGCGCCCCCGGCGAUGGCGACGCAACUGCGGGAAAAAAACACAGGCGGGCUGAGCCUUGCGCAGAGACAGCUGGACCUGUAGGGGCGGCAGCAGCGGUACAAGCGAUACUGCCAGGUGCAAUGUGCUGCACUCGAUUAUCUGGUCCGUCUUCAACCUCUUCAUCGUUUCCGCUGAGGUAUUCUGCGAUGACCGAGGAAGCAUUUCACACCUUACACGAGUCUACUCGCGGCACGGCGCACCAGGCUGCGGAAGUGGUGCGGAGCGCUGCGGACACUACAGUGUACGAUGACGAGAGCGAGUGGCUGACACGCGGGGUGCUUCGUCGUCUCUUCACCUUUCCUGCGACUCUAUCCACAAACUUGGGUGCGCCUGGUGGAGAUGCGAAUGCAGCUGCGACGUUGCCGGCGUCGUCGAAGGAUGCCACGACGGAGGAGAGUCGCCGAGGCGCGCACAGGGCGUUCUUGAAAACGAAUGCGUUUCUUUUUCUCUCCUUCCUCGUCCAUCACUGCUGGUGCUUGACUGUACACGAAACGGUAGUCAAAGCGCUCACUGCGAAACUCGCAGCAUCGAGUUCGGCACCCGAAGCUGCCCACAGCGUUUCCUCCGUGGCGAUCUGUGUUACCUGCUUACCACACCUUACUGAAGUGCGCCGCUCACCGCAGCAUGAGUGGAGGUCAGAGCUGACCUACCGCCUCCUCUCACUACAGGACACCGGAGACAACAGCGCUACACAAGCCUUCUCAACGUUCACAAGAGAGGCACCAUCGGUGAGUACGGUGGUGUGGCAGCUUACGGUGACGGUGGUAAAUCGAAGCGCUGCCUUGCGUUGGCACCGUGGUGGACACCUCUCCGGCAAUGUGCACGCUGCUGAUGUAGCUGCUGCGAGAGAGACGCUCACGGGUGCGUUUGCUGGCCGAUUGCACGAUGGUGUUGAAGGUGCCGGCACGCUGGAGGACUUGAGGACGCAACUAUGA